CUGAUAUGCCGUGCAGGAGAGCGCACUCCUUUCCCUUUCCUUCCCCUCAAUUUCCAUGCAAUCUAAUGUAUCUUUGAUUUACUGACAGAAUUAUUAUUAUUACUGUUUUCUGUUUCGUUGCCAUGGCAAAAUUGUCACUUUUAUUUGUAUUCUUUUUCAAUGGACACCUUCCCCUCAUCUUUGGGCAGCAGCAGCAGCAGCAGCAGCGCGCAGCUGGCCCCUGGCGGCACCGCAUCCAGUGGGAGAACAACGGGCAGGUUUAUAGUUUAGUGAGCACCGGCUCCGAGUACAUCGCGCCGGCUCAGUCCCGGGGCCAGUCCAGGCUCUAUGUCGCCGGCAGGAGGGAAAUCACCCGGAGCCAAAUGCCGGAAGCGCACAGGAGAGCGACGAUUGACCGACCGGCGUCGACUGAGUCCAGACAGAUGCGGACUGAUCACAGCGCCGGGACCAGAUCUGCGUCUUCGGUGCGCGGUGCCAGACAGCAUGACGAUUCCAACGGCAAUGGAGAGGACAUGGUUAACGACGACCCCAGAAACCCGUUUAAAAACCACGUGAAUUCGGUUUUCUACAACUCCUACCCCGCCAGAGGGAGGUCGGUGGCCCGCACGCGUCGUCCCUCCGGCGCAGGAUAUGGAACAAGAUAUUUCCAAAAUGGACUUCCAGACCUCAUCCCGGACCCAUAUGCCAUCCAGGCCGGUGCUUACAUCCAGCGCAUGCAGAUGUUUGCGCUCCGCUGUGCCGCUGAGGAGAACUGUCUCGCCAGGUCGGCUUACGGACCUGCCGUGAGAGACAUCGACUUCAGAGUCCUGCUGCGGUUCCCACAGAAAGUAAAGAACCAAGGCACCGCUGACUUCCUUCCUGUCAAGCCGAGGUAUCAGUGGGAUUGGCACAGCUGUCACCAACACUUCCACAGCAUGGAGGCCUUCAGUAACUACGACCUGCUGGACAUCGUCACUGGAAGUAAGGUGGCAGAGGGACACAAGGCCAGUUUUUGCCUGGAGGACACUGGCUGUGACCCCGGAUUCAGGCGGCGCUACGCCUGCACGUCUCACACACAGGGACUGAGUCCGGGCUGCCAUGACACCUACGCUGCAAACAUCGACUGUCAGUGGAUCGACAUUACUGACGUACCGCCAGGAAACUACAUCUUGAAGGUUACUGUCAAUCCCAAUUUCUACGUGCUGGAGUCAGACUUCACCAACAACAUAGUGAGAUGUGACAUCAUAUACACAGGAACUUAUGUGCAGACGCGCAACUGUCGGGUAUCAAGAAGUUGAAAUCUUCCAUUUGAACAAACAUCUCUACCGCAGCAUCGACUCUAUGACUAACAAAACGUGGGUAAAGUGUUUAAUCCAAACUGCGUGCUGCAUCACACUUGUGCCAUAGUCUAAUAUUUCAUGUACUGGUAAUAAAUUCAAACGUUCACACAUAUUUUGUACAUCAAACCUGUGAGAUCAUGACAUUUGCUUGUUUAUGUAUUUCUACCAAAGUUCCUUAAGUCUUGACCCUAAAGACCCCUGUUUUUAUUCUUAAAUACAAGUACUGUAUUCAGAUAGAUUUUUCUUGAAUGCUGGUCAUUGCUUAAAAUGUGUUGUUGCCUCACGUUGUCUUUGUCUUGUUUGUCUCCUUUGUGGUAUGUUUUUUUUGUUAUUAUGUGUUCUGUGUUCUUUUGUUAUUGUCAAUAAAUAUCAUGAACACAUCAUGCAGGGGCUCUGCUAGCUGAUGGUCAGAGGAAUGAGGUAGUCCGGGUCAAGUAAAUGACAUGUAAUGCAAUGCAAUGUAAAGUAAGUAGAGACAGAAAGGGGGUAGGAAGUGGAUGAUUCCUUAGUGUUUCUCUGUGUGCGGCUCGAUAGGACACAACAACGAUCAGACCCCAUCGAUCAAAAGCUAAGGAUCAUCUGUCUCUCAGUACUUUGCGACUACUACAGUCAGUGUUAUCAAGUCCAUCGAUUCACGAGAGAAAUCCACGUAAAAGAGGUGAAAUACAUUUUAAUUUCAAUCAAAUUUCACAAAUGGGAGCAAUGGCGCAUUCAUAAGGGGGUAUUUCCAGCAGCAGAUUUGGAGUGAAAGUGCGUGCCUUUGUAGACAAUACGAAAAAUGCACAAUAUCACUCACCCUUGAAUCACUCUGUGGUCACAUCAACAAAUUGCAAAUAUCUCCUAUUAUGUUAAAUAUUAUGGAUGGUUUGUUGGGGAAUAUAUCCUUUUUGUAAAAAUGUUAAUGUUGCUUGAGAGGCGCAGUAUCUUGUGUUGGCAUGUUGGAUAAAUUGCAAUAAAGAUGACGAGGA